GUACUUCUCUUUGCUGCUGCCAUGUGAAGAAGGAUGUGUUUGCUUCUCCUUCUGCCAUGAUUGUGACAUUCCCAGAACCUGGAGGCCAGGCUACGACACAGAGUCAAUUAAUAACCAGGGAGACCUGUGAUAUAGCCCAGUAGGUGGGGCCUUGCUACCAUCUGCCAUAUGACCCUUCCAGUCCCAGGCUUCUGAAGAGACGUGGUAAGUGCGGUGCAGUUUUCAACUGACCUCUGGACGCAGAACUUCAGCCAUGAAGGUAACAGGCAUCUUUCUUCUCAGUGCCUUGGCCCUGUUGAGUCUAUCUGGUAACACUGGAGCUGACUCCCUGGGAAGAGAGGCCAAAUGUUACAAUGAACUUAAUGGAUGCACCAAGAUAUAUGAUCCUGUCUGUGGGACUGAUGGAAAUACUUAUCCCAAUGAAUGCGUGCUAUGUUUUGAAAAUCGGAAGCGCCAGACUUCUAUCCUCAUUCAAAAAUCUGGGCCUUGCUGAGAACCAAGGUUUUGAAAUCCCAUCAGGUCACCGCGAGGCCUGGCUGGCCUGAUUGUUGAAUAAAUGUAUCUGAAUAUCC